CGAUUUUUAGUUUGUCAUCAGUCUACCGACAUCGGUACGAAGUGAUCGUCCUCAUUCGGAUCCCGACACAGACCUCGUUCACGAUGAGAUCGUUGGUGGUGUUGUUCGCUCUUGUAGCUGUUGCCGUGGCCGCUCCCAGCGCGGAGAAGAGAUCAGUGGAGCACGUGGUGGCGUACUCCGUGCCCGCUGCGGUGUCGUACUCCGUGCCCGCUGCGGUGUCGCACCAGUCUCGGGUGGACGUGCGCACGUCCCCUGCCGUGGUGGCCCCAGUGGAGGUUGCUGCUGUCGCCGCUGAGCCCGUGGUUGCUGCACGCACUGUGGUCGCUCCUGCCGUGUACACUGGCGCCUCAGCUGUGUCCCACCAGUCCCGUGUUGACGUGCACCAUUCACCAGCUGUCGUCACCAGCUACGCCGCGCCAGUGGUCGCUGAGCAAGUCGUCGCCCCCGCUGUUGUGGAAGCUCGCUCCGUGUACGCUCCCGUAGCUACCGUGUACUCUGGCGCGUCCGCUGUGUCCCACCAGUCCCGUGUGGACGUUAAGUCCUCCCCAGCUGUAGUGACCCAGCACGUAGUGCCCGCUGCCGCUGUAGUCGAAGCUCGCUCCGUCUACGCUCCUUCUGUGUACGCUUCUUACUGGAGUCCAAUAGUAAGUGAAAAGUAUCAGUCAGCCGUUACACGGUUUGAAGUGAUCUUGUGUAUCGUCGAAUCUCACAACACAGACCACGUUAAAAUGAAUACGCUGGUGGUGUUCUUUGCUCUAUGUGCGGUAGCAUGCGGCUCCGUGGUGCCUCUGGCACAGCCCGUGCACCACUCCGCGGUCGUGCUGGACCCGCACGGUCGCCCGCUCGACACCGCCGAGGUGAUCAACGCCCGCGCCCUCCACCUGCAAGCUAAGGCCCUGGAUGGACACUACGCUCCCCUCGCGCACGCUGCCGUCGUGCCCGUCGCCCACUCCGUGGUAGCCGCCCCCGCUGUGGUCGCCGCUCCCGCCGCCGUGUCCCACCAGUCCCGUGUGGAUGUACACAGCAGCCCCGCCAUCGUCAGCCACGCCAUUGCUGCUCCAGUGUUGGCCCACAGCGUCUACUCCGCUCCCCUGCUGGCCCACUCCGCUCUCGGCUACGCCGGUCACGGACACUACCUGAAGAAGCGCUCCCUGGGACACCUCGCCUACGCCGCUCCCGUCGUCGCCCACGUAGCUCCCUCCGCGGUGUCGCACCAGUCCCGCGUGGACGUCGUCUCCAGCCCCGCUGUGGUGUCUCACGCCGUCGCUCCCGUAGUGUCCCACGCCUACGCCGCACCCGUGGUGGCUCACGCUGCCCCCGUUGUCGCCGUAGCCCCCGCUGCCGUGUCCCACCAGUCCCGUGUUGAUGUGCGCACCAGCCCCGCUGUUGUGUCUCACGCUGUCGCUCCCCUCGUCGCCGCCGCUCCCGUCUACGCCUCUGCCUACGGCGCUCACGGAUACGCUGCGUACGGCACUCACUCUGUGUACGGUGCCCAUGCUGGACUCGCCCACCUUUUGAAGAAGCGAUCUCUUGCUCACAUCGUGGCUCCCGUCGUGCACGCCGUGCCAUCUGCUGUGUCCCACCAGUCUCGCGUUGACGUGAUCUCCAAGCCCGCUGUGGUAUCUACCUACGUUCAAGCCGCCCCCGCUGUAUACGCUGCUCCCGCUGCCGUGUACGCCGCACCUGCUGUGUCCCACUUCGCCCCGAUCGCCCACUCUGCCAUCUGGACUGCUCCCCAUCAUCUGAGCGCCGCACAUUGGUAAAGCAAACUGAGACUCGACGAAAACGAAUAUAAUUUUCGUUUUAAUACUUAUUUAUUAAAAUGAAUAGACGAAUAAAACAAUAAUAAUAAUA